UUCGAGCACAAUGAUUGUGUGAAAACAAAACACGAGAGGUCUCUGGUGAAUUACAGCUUUUCUGCAGAGCGAAUCGCCGGCUCUGCUGUCCAUCGCGGACGGCGAGGAGAGGCUGACCAGCUGCCUGCGGCUCCCCGGGGUGGGACCCCAGCCCCUUUCGCAGCUCCCCGUUCUCCGGCCCCGCCUCUCCCCGGGCCGUCACGGGCCUGGCGCAGGCGCGGCUCGACCAUGGCGGCGGCCGUGGAGCGGCGCCUCGCCCAGUUCCGCGCCGCCCGUAGUAGCUCUGCCACCGCUCCGCGCCCCGCCGAGCCGCCGGGAAAGGCCGUGGCUCCGGAGGCCACCGAAGGACCGCGGGCAGCCGCGGAGAGCCCGGGGGGCGGCGCUCAGGUCCGGCCCGGCGCUGCGGCGGCUCCGGUUUGGGCGCGCCCGCUGCUGCUGAAGGUGCUGCUGUGGGCCGUGCUGCUGGCGCUGUUCGCGGAGCUGGAGCUCGGGCUGCCCUACUUCGUCCUCUCCCUGCUCUACUGGAUGUACGCCGGCACCCGCGGCCCCGCCGAGCGGCGGCCCGGCGAGCUCAGCGCCUACUCCGUCUUCAACCCCGGCUGCGCCGCCAUCGCCGGGACGCUGACGGCCGAGCAGCUGGAGCGGGAGCUGCACUACCGGCCCGCCGCGGGCACGUAGCGCCGGGCCCGGCGGGGACUGCGCUGUGCUGGGCCGGCCCCGCUGCCGCCGCCCCGAGGAAGGGCCGGGGCUUGGGGGAAUGAAAGGGGGUUUGUUCCUGUGCAAAAAACCACCUAAGCCUUACUGCUGGCCCCGUGUCCCACGGCGCCGGCCGGUACCGAAUAAAGCCGUAGCAAAGCCUG